AUGCCCUUACAACUUCCUGGUAGUGAUAGAAUAUUUGCUCUGCGAGGACAUUCUGCUAGUGCAACUCAACAAAGCCGACUUACUAUACUUACCAGACAAAUCCAUCGAUGGGAAGAUGAAUCUAUUUCACAGAUAAAAAACUUUUUUAGACUCAAAGUAUUUCGAAUAACACUCACACAUUUGAUUAUACUUUCUAUAUGGUUAUGCUUCUUAUGGAACUACACAUCUGUAUAUGGAGAACUCUAUGCGGUAAACACUUUAAUAGCAUCAAUGAUCAUGAACACUAUCUUAUUUGGAAUAUCUGAUACUUUAGCUCAAAGUAUAACAUGCUUUCUCUCAGAAACUGUUGAUCCAAUCCCCCAGAUUGUAGAUGAUUCAGCUAGACACCUACUACACCAAUUUGAAAGCCCGCAUGACAUCGAGAGUGGAUAUGAAAGUGAUAAUCUAUCAGUUUUCAACGAUUACGGACUUUCUCCAGUAUCUUCUUUGUAUGAAGAAGAAUUGGAUGAGCAUAAUGAUGACCACAUCAAUGCUAUCCAAUCUCGCCCAGAGACUGACGUUUUUAAUUUCAGGAGAUUUUUUGGAUUUAUGUUCUGGGGUUUCUUCAUUUCCAAUUUCCAAGUUCCAUGGUAUCGUUUUUUAAAUUUUUUCUAUACAGAGGAUCCUACCGUGGUUCAAGUAUUGGAAAGGGUUCUAUCAGAUCAAUUAGUUUAUUCUCCAGUUCAGUUAUAUUAUUUUUUCAUGUAUUCCAAUUAUGUUAUAGAGAAAGGGAAUGCCGACACGUUCAAAAUAAAAAUUAGAAGUAUUUAUAUCUCAACGUUAGGUUGCAAUUAUUUACUUUGGCCAGCAGUGCAGUUCAUAAAUUUUCUUCUGAUGCCUAAAAAAUUUCAAGUACCGUUUAGUUCAUCGGUGGGUGUUCUAUGGAAUUGUUUUCUAUCAAUGAGGAAUGCUAACAAGUCAAUAACACAUAAAUUACGUUGA